AUUGAAGAAAACAUGGAGAAUAAAGAAUCAAGUGAAGCUGAGGAGAAAAAUCAUGUCAAAACUGAAGAAAUUCCUUUGAGUUGCUCUCAAUACCAACAGAAAGAUUUAAGGAAAACUAGAGCCAAGGAAUCUUUCACCUGCACUCAGUGUGGAAAGAGUUUUACAAGGAAAUGUAAUCUUAAGCGUCACAUGAAAGUUCAUAUUGCAAAGAAACUGUUCACAUGGCAAACAUUGGCAAACUAUAAGGUACACAUGAAUGUCCACACUAGAGAAAGACCUUAUGAGUGUUCAUACUGUGACAAAAGAUACACUCAGUCAUCACAUCUAAAAAUACAUGAGAGGAGCCACACUGGAGAGAAACCGUACACAUGUGAUCAGUGUGGAAAGAAUUUUGCAGAAAAAAGAACCCUUGUGACACACAUGAAAGUUCAUACAGCAGUGAAACCGUACACAUGUAAUCAGUGUGGAAAGUGUUAUAAACACAAGUGUAAUCUGGUUUCUCACAUGAGACAUCAUGCUGGAAAGAAACCGUACACUUAUGGUCAAUGUGGAAAAAAGUUUACAGGAAAUGGAAACCUUAGGAGUCAUAUAAGAAUUCAUACUGGAGAGAAACCGUACACUUGUGAUCAGUGCGGGAAGAGUUUCAGACAAUUAGCACAUCUUAAAGGACACAUGAACAUCCACAAUAGAGAGAAACUGUCCUCAAGUGAUCAGUGUGAUGAAACAUUUUCGAGGGCUUCAGUUCUGAAGAAACACCUGACGGUUCGUACAAGAGAGAAGCCGCAUUCAUGUCAUUUGUGUGGAAAGAGUUUUUCACGUUUUUCACUUUUGAAGGAACAUCAGAAAUCACAUACUGCUGUUGGAGAGUACGUGUGCUUUGAGUGUGACAUGACGUUUACUUCAGCAAACUGUUUAGAACUGCAUGAAAGGAUCCACAUUGGAGAGAAACUGUAUCACAGGACUGGGAACCUUAUCAAUCAUUCAUCUGAUCGACACAGUCAUACAAAAAACAAUCACGAGUUGAUUGAAGAAAAUGAGGAGACUGAAGAAAUUAGUGAAGUUGAGGAAAAAAAUCAUAUUAAAACUGGAGAAAAACCUCUGAGUUGCUCUCAAACCAAACAGAAAAAAAUUGAGAAACGAACAGCCAAGAAAUCUUUCACAUGCAUUCACUGUGGAAAAAGUUUCACAUGCAAAACAAGUCUUGAUCGUCACGUGAGAGUUCAUACUGGAGAGAAACCGUACACUUGUGAUCAAUGUGGGAAGAGUUUUACACAAUCAGCACACCUUAAGGAUCACAUAAACAUCCACACUGGAGAAAAACUCUACUCAUGUGAUCAAUGUGGGAAGAGUUUCACAAGAAAAGGACACCUUACAGGGCAUAUGAGAAUUCAUACUGGAGAGAAACCAUUCACUUGUGGUCAGUGUGGAAAGUGUUUUGCACACUCAGCAAACCUUAAGGAACAUAUGAACAUCCACACUGGAGAGAAACCUUAUCAGUGUUCACACUGUGACAAGAGAUUCAGUCGGUCAACACAUCUGAAAACACACAAGAGGAUCCACACUGGAGAGAAACCAUAUAAGUGUAAUCAAUGCGUAAAGAGUUUUGCGCAAAUAGGAAACCUUAUGGCACAUAUGAAAGCUCAUUCAGGAGAGAAACCGUUCUCAUGUGAUCAGUGUGGAAAGAGUUUGAAAUGCAAAUAUAAACUUGAGCUUCACAUGAGAGUUCAUACUGGAGAGAAACCGUAUCCUUGUGAUUAUUGUGAGAAGAGUUUUACACGAUCAUCAGCCCUUAUGGACCACAUGAACAUCCACACUGGAGACAAUCUGUACUCAUGUGAUCGUUGUGGCAAAACAUUUUUUUGGGCUUCAGGCCUGAAGAAACACCUGAAAGUUCAUACAAAGGAGAAGCCACAUUCAUGUCAUUUGUGUGGAAAGAGUUUUUCACGUCUACAUGCUUUGAAAGCACAUCAGAAAACACAUACUGGUGUGAGAGAGUACAUGUGCUCUGAAUGUAAAAACACUUUUACCUCUGCAAAGUGUUUAAAACUGCAUGAGAGGAUUCACACUGGAGAAAAACCUUACAUGUGUUCACACUGUGAUGAGAGAUUCAGUGAUUCAUCAAGUCUGAAACGACAUGAGAGGAUCCACACUGGAGAGAAUCCAUAUCACUGCGCUGCAUGCGGGAAGUGUUUCAAUAAUUCAUCUGCUCUACACAGUCAUACAAAAAAACAUCACAGUAAGUAGAUCAUCUUCAGAUCCAGUAUUUUUAGGUCUGAUGCAGCGUCCUCACCAAAUGUGACAAUAAUGUAUCAAAAAAUAAAAUAUCAUCUGGAUAAGUCUGUCCUAACAAGACAUUACAAGUGAAAUGACAAAGAAACAUCUAAAGUUUUCACGGUGAAUGAUCUUCAUCUUCUAAACCAGCAGAUUCAGCUGUGAGAUUCAGAUCAACUCAAAAAUGGAGUUUAAUUGUGUAUAAUUUUGCUUCAUAAUAUAGAUGAUAUCAUUGUUUUUUUUUUUGUUUUUUUUUACUAUGUUCAAUUGUCUUAUAAUUCAAGUGUCACUUGUAGUUUGCUUACUCUCAUGAAGAAAGGCAGAAGCUUUUGACA